AUGUCACCCGAUCUGGCUUCUGAAUUGCUCGCCCAAGCCUUGGAGUUUACGCGGAAAGAACCAGAUGCCAAGGCGCAGUAUGCACCGCAUUUAAACCGCAUCAUCGCGAUACCCGACCAUGCAGGACCAGCAAGACGUGCAGACGAACACGUAUACUUCUUAGUUGCCUACGCUGAAGUGUUGGACCGGCAUUCCAUCAAGCCAGCCGAAUUUGCAGAGUUCUUGUAUGGUCUACAGGUCCUGACUACAGCGGCAAACACGACGGCUGAGGAUUUGCUACACGAACCGACGCGUGAAGGACUCUCUUCCAGCAUCGUACACGACUACAUUCGAGGAGCUAAUGAAGCUUUCUUUGCGCCGAGAGGUCUGGUUGUGUCGUUCCGCAGCGAGACUGCGCUUCUAGAUAUGCUACCUAUACCUGCGGGCCACAAACCCACCGUUCUCGCCAACUUGGCCGAUAAGACUGCAACGGCUGAAUGGCGCGCGAGGCAAUUAUACCCCUGGAUCGAAGCUCUCGACGCGGACGCAGUGCCGAUGCCGAGCGAGAGAGUGCUCAAGUUGCAUGAGAUGAGUGAACGUUUCUCGGGUCAUCAGACGGCUACUGGCUCGCCUGAUCAUGUUGGAAACACAUCGUCGCAUAAUAGGGCGCGAGGAUCUGCUGGAGCAUAUGAAGACCCACCUCGCUCCAUUCCUGGACCUCCAGAGGAGUCUUCACACGCACAUGGUCGACAUGGACGGGGCGGUCAUCAUCCUCGCGGCAGACGAGGCGGUCACUGGUCGCCCUUUGGUAUGCCAGGCCAUGGCCCCUUCGGUGCACCUGGCAACGGACCUUUUGGUACACCUGGCAAUGGGCCUUUCGGGCGCGGCGGUCGAGGACCAUUCGGGCCCCGAGGCAACGCCUUCUUCGGUAGAGGAGGUUGCUCCUCUCGUGGCGGACGUGGACGCGGACGAGGACCACCACAAUCCGGAAACGAGUGGGCAGAAGUAGGCAAAGAAUUAGGAAAGAUUGGGGAGCAGUUCGGUAAACAUAUGGGUGAUUUGGGUGUUGAGAUUGGUAAACGCGCUAGUGCUUUCGGGGUGGAGGUGGGUAGGAUGGCUAGUGGAAAUGCAGGUGGAGGUGUGAGUGUAAGUGGGAAUAGGGGGCCUACUACCUCAGGUCCUGCCUCGUACGAGCAAGUCCACAACGACCUACCACCUGCGUACGAUACGCCACCGGGCCAAGAAACAGGCGUGCUAUACGGCGACCGCAAAAUCGACACGGCAUACCCCACCGACAAGAAAGAUAAAGGCAAAGCUGCAGUCAAGGACCUGGAUGACGACGACGACACCUCCUCAAUAUCAUCAGAUAGCUCUGAUUCUUCCUCAUCAGACUCUGAUUCCGACUACGACUCCGACCUCACCCCUGCCCCAACCCCCAAAGCCCAAUCCCUCAAACUCGCGCGCCGCAACAUCAAGCAGCGAAACCGCGAGCUCAAGAAACAACACCGCGCCAAGAAACGUGAAUUGAAAGCCAAACACGCUGAUACCAACACCAAGGGCAAAGGCAAAGCGGCGAAGAAAGCGAAGAAGGAUCCGGAAUGGAAAGCUGCGAAGAAAGAGUACAAAGUGCAGAGGAAGGAGUUGAAGAAGGAGAGAUUGGCUGUGAAGAGGGAGUGGCGGGAGGCGAGGGAGGAGAUGAAGAGGGAGAAGAGGGGGGUGAAAGGGAUGGCGGUUGGUGGGAAAGCGCGAGAAGGGUCUGAGAAGGGAGGAGAGGGAAAGAUGGGGGUUUGGUUGGUGAUUGAGAAUUUGGCACCUUGA